CCUUCGGCUCUUCCUAAGAGGAGAAUUGUGGUAACAUGGCUUUGUUGUCCCAUCCAAAAACAACGCUCCAUUGGUCCACGUGGAUCCAUAACACAAAAUUCCUAUCCUGGAGUAAUUAUCUUAUAUUCCUAGAACACAACACAAUGUUGGUUGUGUACCCAUCUAAUAAUAUGCUCACAUGAUUUAAAUAAAUAUAUAAAUAAUUAACAGAUCAUAAAAUACCAUUAAUUGGGCACACAAUCAGGUAGUAUUCCAAAUUUGUGAAAAUUUCUGUCUAUCUCAUAAAAAAAUUUAAUGUAAUGGCAUGAACACGCAAUAUCACCACAUUUUCAACCAAACAUUUUUUUUAAAAAAACUUUCUCAAAAAUUGUCUCAAGAAACAAAUCAAACAAGGCCAAUAUAUUGUCGAUAAUGACGUGAUAUUAUCAUCACACUAAACAUUUACUCACCAACCCCAAUUCUCACUACUUGUCUGGUCCAUUCUUAGAUUCUAAAAUGAAAUCACACAUUUUAUAUUUUUCACUCAAAUUUGUCCUUCAAAAGCCUUCACCAUAUAUCAUUCAUCCCCUUACAUUUAUUCACGAUGGAGCUCCCACCAUUAUCAUUACCUUCACACAUCUAUCUCUCUCUCUCUCUCUCUCUCUUGAUGUGUAGUAGAGAGAAAAAUGAUUUUAAAUUUUUUUUUUUCAAAAAUAUUCAACCAAACGCAUUUAAAUUUUUUUUUCCCUCAAAAAUUGUCUCUCUAAGGGAAAAAUCAAACAAGACCAGUAUGUUGUCGAUGAUGACGUGAUAUUAUCAUCACACUAAACAUUUACUCACCAACCCAAUUCUCACUACUUGUCUGGUCCAUUCUUAGAUUCUAAAAUGAAAUCACACAUUUUAAAUUUCACUCAAAUUUGUCCUUCAAAAGCCUUCGCCAUAUAUCAUUCAUCCCCUUACAUUUAUUCAUGAUGGAUCUUCCACCAUUAUCACUACCUUCACAUCUCUCUCUCUCUCUCUCUCUCUCUCACACACACACACACACACACACAAAGAAUUCAUCUCUGCAACUGCAUUACAGAGAACCUCAUGUCUGCCACUCUUAUCUUGUUUGUCUCUCAUACCUUUCUUGUUCAACCAGAAAAAAAGUUCAUUUUCACCUUUUUUCGUUCUCUCUCCUAGCCCUUAAUGAUUCAUUAAUUGCAUAAUCCUUCCAAACUCGGAUCGAAGCAUAUCAGGAAAAAAAAAAAAAGUUAGAAAGAGAGGCACUUACCCUUGUCACUGGCCAACAACCAUGCUAUUUAUAAGCUCUUCCAACCAACUUACCAGCACGACACAGCUUAGCAAACUCUACUUGAGCUUUUGACAAAUUCAAAUCCACGUAAUGUCGUUUUCGUAUGCAAAAAACUUCCUACAACUCUUCAGUGUGGAUGAAUUUCAAAAGGGUAUUGGCUGCCCCAAUGGCUUCUUCUCUAGUGAUGUCCUCAUCCCGAGUCUUGGAGCCAGUAUCAACCACGCAACCAAACUUCGAAGAUACAUAAUCUCCCCAUUCAGUCCCCUGUACAGGGCUUGGGAAGGGUUCUUGAUCGUUUUUGUUGUUUUCUUAGCCUGGAUCUGCCCGUUUGAGUUUGCAUUUCUGAGCUACAAGCAAGAUGUGCUUUUCAUAAUCAACAACAUUGUCAAUUGCUUCUUUGCCACCGAUAUCAUUCUCACAUUCUUCGUAGCAUAUCUUGACAGCCAAACUCAUAUUCUUGUUGACGAUCCUAAAAAAAUUGCAAUCAGGUACAUAACAACCUGGUUUGUUUUCGAUCUCUGUUCAACAGUGCCAUUUCAAUCGCUCAGCCUCCUGUUGACAAAUCAUAGCACUGGAAUUGGCUUCAAAUUGCUCAACAUGCUCAGACUUUGGCGUCUCAGACGAGUCAGCGCUCUGUUUGCAAGACUGGAGAAGGACAUCCGGUUCAACUACUUCUGGACUCGGUGUACAAAAUUAAUCUCUGUUACACUAUUUGCAGUACACUGUGCCGGAUGCUUUAACUAUUUGAUUGCGGAUAGAUACUACGAUGCAAAGAAAACGUGGAUUGGUGCAGUCCACCCGAAUUUCAAAGAAGAGAACAUUUGGGAUAGAUAUGUGACUUCGAUUUACUAUUCUAUCACAACACUAACUACCACUGGUUAUGGGGAUUUGCAUGCCGAGAAUCCAAUAGAGAUGAUGUUUGAUAUCUUUUUCAUGCUAUUCAACUUGGGAUUGACAUCAUACCUCGUCGGAAACAUGACAAACCUCGUAGUUCAUUGGACCGGCCACACGAGAAAUUUCAGGGAAACAAUCAAAGCUGCUAAAGAAUUCGCUAGACGAAAUCAAUUGCCCUCUCACGUGCAGAACAAAAUUUUAUCUCACAUAUGUCUCAAGUUCAGAACAGAAGGAUUGAAACAUCAAAACACAUUGAACAGUCUGCCAAAAGCUAUUCGUUUGAGUAUUGCACACUAUCUGUUCUUCCCUAUUGUUCAAAACGUCCAUCUUUUCCAGGGUGUUUCUCAUGAUUUCCUUUUGCAAUUGGUUCCUGAAAUGGAAGCAGAAUACUACCCACCAAAGGAAGAUGUGAUCUUACAGAACAAGGCUCCAACAGAUCUCUACAUACUGGUCUCAGGAGCAGUGGAUUUGAUUGCACAUAUUGACGGGCAUGACCAAGCUAUAGGAAAGGCUGUUGCAGGGGAUGUGUUUGGGGAAAUAGGGGUUCUAUGUCAUAUGCCACAGCCAUUCACAGUUCAAACCACUGAGAUUUCUCAAAUACUAAGGCUCAACGGUUCUAUACUGAUGAACAUUAUUCAAGCAAAUACAGAAGAUGGGCACAUUAUAAUGACCAAUCUUUUCAAGAAACUGAAUGGGCUCAAAAGCUUUGGUUUUGUAAAUCAACAAAGAGGUCCAGAUUUGAACAUGGCUGAGUGGCUUGAUGGGGUACUGGAAAGAGAUAGUUUUUCUAAUGUUGUAUGUGAUAAGCCAUCAGUAUGCCAAAAGCAUUCACAUGGAGAUCUGUUGGUACAAGAUAUGAGGGCUAUCAACUUCCAUAAUUCAGAGGUUGCAGGGAAGAAUGAAACAGGAGAAGUGCAUAAUCUUACUGGACAAGGAAUGGAUGUAAAUUCAACAGAUGACAGUAACCCAACAGUUCUUCAGGUUGCUGUUCGUAACGGGCAUCUUGAAAUGGUUAGAAUUCUGAUGGAAGAAGGACCAAAUACACAUAAACCAGAUGCCAGAGGGUGGACCCCGAAAGCUCUAGCUGAACAGCAAGGAAACAAAAGCAUGUAUGACCUCUUACCAAGUUAUGAAAAUAGAUGGGUAUUAGAUGAACAAAAAAUAGAUUUUGUUAGCUCAGAAACAGAUCACAACACCAGGAAAGGUCAGUUCAAACCCACAAGAAUCAGUGGGCUCAAUCGUUUCAAGUCUCAGUUUAGACAAGUACCCACAAUCAUCAGCUCAGGCCAUUCUAGCAGUUCGACUGAUAGCGAUAUUAACGAAUUGAAUAAGAGAGUCACCAUUCACAUGAAGUUCCAAGAAAACAGUAAGUCACAAAAGCAACUUGCGAAGCUAAUAAUCCUACCUGAUUCCCUAGAAGAGCUAUUCAGGAUUUCCGGUAAGGUGAAAAAUUUGGAGGCUAUUAUCUUACAAAAGUCGUUAAUGCAGAGAACGCAGAAAUAGAUGACUUAAGUGUUGUCCGAGAUGGGGACCAUCUGUUUUUCCUUUCAAAAUGAACUUGAAAGUAAAGAUUGCACUGUGACCUAAAAAUCAUUGAAAAGCCACAAUGUACUCAUGUUUUUUGCUUCUAGCUUCAAGGCAAUUGUAUAAUGAUAAAUUCCAACAAAAAGAAGACUACAUCAAUCAAUUCAAUGGUCUCUCCAAAGUAAUUAAAUAAUACUGGAAAACUAUAAAACUAGAAAAAAAAAAAAAAAAAAAAAAA